UCAUCUCCUCCUGGUCACUUCCCCAGUUUCUGUCCCUCUCACAUCAUCGUCAUCACACACUGAUUAUUAAUAUGAGCAGCGAGGGGCAGUGUUGUUAUUAUGGUUGUCCCUCUGUCUGCAGUAUGGGAGGCAUGCUGAGGGCUGCUCCGUCCCUCAUAGACACAAUAAUACAUGUUGGCUCAGUUUAGAGGACACUUCUUAGCAUGCCAUGGGAUUAAAAUACAAAAUGAACACCUGCAGCCAGGAAACUUUUGACUUCAGGAGCAUUUGAAGGUGGGUCAGCACCUCUGGCAGCAACGGUGGACUACAUUUCCCACAUUCCUCGGAAAGAAUGUUUCUGUGGGCAGGAAGUAAAACAGAUGGAAGAAGUGAUCGCAGAUCUAUCUACCAGAAGAUUCGUGAAUAUGAGGUCCUGGACAAGAGGAAGACGGUGACGGCUCUGAGGGCAGGAGAGGAUAGAGCCAUACUGCUGGGCCUCAGCAUGGUGGUGGUCUCCGUCAUGAUGUACUUUGUCUUGGGAAUCACCAUACUGCGUUCUUACUCUAACCGUGUGUGGUCUGACGAGGCCAGCUGCGCUAUCGUGAACUCCACCGUUGUAAGUAAUGUAAACUGUUCAUACAGUUGUGGAGCGGAGUGCUGGAAGAGCUCCCGUUACCCCUGUCUCCAGGUCUACGUGAGCCUCAACUCCUCAGGAAAGGUGGUACGACUGUUGCACAACGAGGAGACGCAGGAGAGCAACCCUGAGUGCUUCUACAUCCCAAAGUGCCGUAAGGACUAUGCAGCCACGAAUGUGAUAGUUCAGAACAUUUCUGAGCGUCUCAAGUCUCAGCACACAGUUCAGUGUUUUGUGGACCCGACAGACAGAAUGGACACUGCCAUCCUGACACAGGUCUACAGUCGGGUCGCUGUCUUCCACUCCCUGUUCUGGCCAACCUUCACCUUGAUUGGAGGAACACUAAUCAUUGCCAUGGUGAAGCUGACACAAUACCUGUCCAUCAUGUGUGAAAGCCUAAGCAGCAUUAAGAGGUGAACUGUAGGAAAGCCAUACAUUCAAAAAGGAAGUUCCUGUGACAUUGAUAUGGGGACAAAUACAGCAGCUCCAGGGGCCAAGACUGAAAGAAGAAGAGGAGGGAAAGCUGUCUGUGACAGCUAGAAUGUUGGGAUCAAGCUGCUAAACAGAGGAGCUUAUAUUUUUGAGACCAGGUCAAAAUCCAGAUUUGAAGAAACUGGUUUGCAACAAAUUUGACCUACUGGUGGUUGAAGCUCAGUAACAUGUUUUGAAACUAUAAUUUCCACUAUUUUCGUUGGCCAGUCUGUAGUUUCAAAGAGGAUUUGUAAUGUGACAUAAUAUUAUUGAUAUUGAUUGAUUGAU